AGCCCGGCCGAUUGUUUUGGCUCAAAGGGGGCUGCAGGUCAGUUGGCCCAGGUGCUCCGCCUGGGAGGUGCCCAUGUCGAUGCCAAGCUGUACACCAAGGUCGCCCAGCCCGCCCUUGGACGCGCCGGAGGCACUUUGCAGGCUGUCCUUGAUGAAUCCCGUCAUCUUCUCCUCCAUCGUGUGGGCUUUGGCCUCGACAGGCUACGCUACGUGGGAAGUUCCCAAGGCUCUUUUGACCAGCCCGGAACUUCUUCAACAACAGCUCCAGCUGCGCAUUCGAUCUAUCCCAGUUCCCAACAGCAGCCCACGCUACCAGCAGUUCAAGGAGUAUUACACUCGUGAACACGACGCGCAACUCCAGGAAUACAAGGCCCAGGUACAGCGUCACGGCUUCAACUGGCAGGCGCUGUUGCACGGCCUUGGCGCCGGGGCCAUGCUGCUGGCUGCCAGCCUGGCGGUGCUCGAAUACCGCUGCGGUUUGCUCUCCUACUGGAUGGAGGCCGCAGAGAUUUGGUGGUCUUCCGCCCAGCAGCACUUGGCGCAACAACGGCAGAAGUGGAAGGAGGCGGCGGAUCAUCGGAAGGUGGAGCGCCUCAUUCAGGAAAUUGGUGAAGGCGAAGACUGUACAGGCAAAAGCAUGAAGCGUCGCCAAGAUGUCAGGCGCCCGAAGGAGCCAGUGAAGCUCCAGGCGCCCAAAGCGAGGACAGCAGGCGCUGAAGAGCCAAAGGAUUCCAAGGAGGGCAAGGAAGUGAGAGACGCCAAAGAUACAAAGAAGGAGGAGCAGGACGUGCCGGAUGUGAAGGAAUUGGAGCCUGUCGAGGCCAAGGCGAUGGCGUACCCAAAGAAGGAUGCGACUGCGUUCGCAGACUUGAAGACAGAGAGCAUCCGUAGCUCGCACAUGCGCGAGCGGCUGCGGAGCAAGGUGCUGGAGCGUCACUGCCGGACGGCACAGGAGAAGCCGACGGAGAAGGAACAGCAAGCUCCAGCUCCAGGCGUCAGGAAAGUUGACACCAAGAAGGGCGACCCGGAUGUCGAGGCAGCGCUCCGUCAGCUCCGCGGGGCUCCGAGGCCAGCCCUCUCAGGGGAGGCGCUGCUGCGGGAGGCGCAGGAGCUCCUUUCGCGCCUGGAGGCAGAAGAAUUCCUUCGAGAGCUGGAGACUGAGGAGGAGCGUGCCCGGCAAGCAGCAGGCAAGAAGAAGGCGAAGCGCUGCAAGGCUGCAGCGAGGGCCAAAGCCACUGCCAAGAAGAAGGCGUCCCCGGUGGAAACGCCGGUGCAAGUCAAGGCGCUGGAGGCGCAGAGUGAGUCCGAGGCCCCGGGCCCCGAACACCCAGAGGAGAGCCGCUGCGACAGUGCCGACGACAAGCCAAUGGCUGAGGAGAAGAGUUCCGAUUCGUCCCAGGCAACCGACCGCUCUGAGAGCGACUCCGAGCCUCGCAGCUCCGGUGAGGCCUCCAGCGACGUCAGCACCGAGGUGCCGGAGCCUGAGAAAGAGGCACCUACCAACUCUCCCUUGAGCAGAUGGGUCCGGGAGGAGCCCCAACAGACGCGGGUCGGGCGAGCCCAGAGAGGGCCCGUUCCAAAUCACGAGGGCAGGAUACUUCGCGCUCAGAAGACGGAGACUCCUCACCGGAUGCUCGCUCGACAGGCCCGGCCAGCCCCGUGCCCUGCGCCGCGGAAAGUGCCAGCUCAGGCGAGGCGGCGGCCCUUGAACUACGCAGAGGCUGCCAGCGGCCAGCAGCAAGUGCCCGAGGAGUUGGAGGAACUCAUGACCAGUAUGGGCCUUGGCCGCUCCCGGGACGACGUUCUCGCCUUCCUGAACGCAAAUAGCUCUGAAGAGUGGCGCGCGCAACAAGGUGAGUUGUCCAGCCGCAGCAUGAAGGAGCUGAGCCGCUUGGCCACGGACCUGCUCCGGAACCUGGAGCCGGAGCAACAGGAAACCUUUGACGGCGUGCGUGCCGGCGCGCAGAUCCUGGAGUGGGUGCGAGGAAAGAGUGACCAGGCUGGUGGGCUGCGCGCUCUCCCUCAGCGUCUUCUCGCUGUGGCAGUCGCCGCGCAGCGCCUCCACCGCCUGCGCGCUGCCCGCGAAGACCUGCCGCACCGGCACGAUGUGGUCCAGCUCGCAGGAGAAGCGGGAAGCAUCGUGUCCGCUGCCUGCGUUCACACAAAAGUUGCUCAGGGAAUCGUGCCGGACCAAGAUGCCACCCGCAGCUACCUGCGUGCAGAGGCUCCCGAGUUUGUACCCGCACAGACAUCUGAGCCGGAGGUUGGCCAAUCUAUGGUGGCAAACGUCAUGCUGCCUGGUGACCUGCCGCCUGGCUGUCAGAUUCUUAUGGUCCCAAUGCAGCUCGCACAGAUGCCCCAGAUGAUUUUUGAGGAGCAGAUGCCACCAGAGCAGCUGCCCAUGGCAAUGCCAAUGCUUGGGCAGAUGCCAGGUGUUCAGCUGGUGACAAUGCCCCUAAGCCCAGAGUGGGCUGAGCCGAUGCCCGAACCUUCAGACCCGGACCCUACGGACCCUACGGACGAGGCCAAAGAGUUUGGUGGGUACAAUACUGAUGACGAGUGCGAGUCGCUUUUUUGCGAGGACCUUACCAUGAGGCGUCAAAUGACGUAUUGAUCUCGGCCAAGUUCUAGUAUAUCCGGGCACCUCGCCAAAAAGCACCAGCCAGUUCGGCCUCCUUUGGAUUUGGAGUCCUAGGGCUUGCGUUCCGCGCCGUUUUUCAGGCCGGUCCCCUGAUCGCACAGAGUCCAGUUGAGGGUGGGGGAAGCCAGGUCGCAAGCCUUUCGAGAUCGUUGAAAUUUUGUAUGGCAAAGCGGAAUGGCUCAGAUCAGUUGAUCACGAGCUUCAGUGGUGUGAGAUGAUCUACACGGCCUGCGUGGCCUCUCCCAGUUUCC